UCAGGUGGCAGCGUCAUCCAUCACCGAGCGGGGUCUCCUCAAACAAACCUUCAUCCGAGCAGAAGUCGUUAGAGGAGAGCAUCGGGAGGAGGACACUCGGAGCCGGAUCGACGUCAUCGUGACAGUACUCCAAACACAGCCGUGAAAUGUCUCGAUAAUCCAGUGUUCCUCUGCGAGCUCGCUCCUCUCCUCCUCCCUUCCUUCGUUGCAGCGUCUGUUUGCGUCGAAGCGUCUGCGCUGACACGCCGAAGUCUUGUGUGAUGGAGACGUCCGAGGCGCGGACACGACCGGCUGCGUGAUCCCGUCUGACGCAGGGGAUGCCUUGACUAAAAUGCUGCGGAUCUGAACCGAUUCAGCUUCAGUGUGGCCCUCAGUCAAAGGGCCUGAGUAGCCGCCAUGACUCACCCCAACACCAGCAUCUUGUCUGCGAACCUCAGCAGCGCCCUGAACGGCCUGGACUCAGGUGGAAACUCCAAAAAGCCGUUUACUCUUUUCAGCGUUCUCACGUUCACCCUUCUUGCCCUUCUGGCGGUGGCUACAUUUGUGUGGAACCUGUUGGUGCUGGUGACCAUCCUGAGGGUCCGGACUUUCCACCGCGUGCCUCACAACCUGGUGGCGUCCAUGGCCAUCUCAGACGUCAUGGUGGCCGCGCUGGUGAUGCCGCUCAGCCUGGUGCAUGAACUGAACGGAAGGCUGUGGAAGCUGGGCCGCGUCCUCUGCCAAAUCUGGAUCUCCUUCGACGUGCUGUGCUGCACGGCCAGCAUCUGGAACGUGACGGCCAUUGCUCUGGACCGGUACUGGUCCAUCACUCGGCAUCUCGAGUACACACUCAAGACUCGAAAAAAGAUUUCCAAUGUGAUGAUCGCCCUCACCUGGCUGUUGUCCUCCAUCAUCUCCCUGUCGCCGCUCUUUGGGUGGGGCGAGACCUACUCGGAGGGCAUGAAAUGUCAGGUGAGCCAGGAUCCAUCCUACACCAUCUUCUCGACUUUCGGAGCCUUCUACCUGCCCCUGUGUGUGGUGCUGUUUGUCUACUGGAAGAUCUACAAGGCAGCCAAGUUUCGCAUCGGCUCCCGCAAGAGCAACACCAUCACACCCAUGGCAGAGGCGAAAGAGGAAGCCCAGCAACCACAGAUGGUGUUCACCGUUCGGCACGCCACGGUGACCUUCCAGACAGAUGGGGACACGUGGCGCGAGCAGAAGGAGAAGAAGGCAGCUCUCAUGGUGGGCAUCUUAAUUGGAGUCUUUGUUCUCUGCUGGAUCCCCUUCUUCAUCACGGAGCUCAUUGUCCCUCUGUGCAACUGCGACAUCCCCCCAAUCUGGAAGAGCAUCUUCCUGUGGCUGGGCUACUCCAACUCCUUCUUUAAUCCUCUUAUCUAUACCGCGUUUAAUAAAAACUACAACAACGCCCUGAGGAACCUUUUCACCGGGCAACGCUGAGCCCUCCAGCUCUUGAACUGACACCAGCAUCUACUCACCAGCUUCUCAACCGCACACUAAAACAAACCUCCAACAUCACCAGAUGAACAACAAAGCACCCACUUCAGAGAGACAGUUUUCAUUUUUAUGUGUUGUUUAUUGCCACGCAGGAGAGCUCACACAGCCGGACUGUUCCCUGCUGCUUUCUUUCUCCGCCUCAUUUAGAGGAAAGUGCAUAUUUACUACUUUGGUCAACAAGUUUGAUACGCCGGGCUGCUGAUGAGUCAUCUUUGUAAAGAACGCACUGAAGAGCUAAAGGAAACAUCAUUGUCACAGGAAGAUACCAGGAGGUUUGUUAUUGGGCAACAAGAGGCUCAUGAUUCACACAAAAAACUGACAAGGAUUACAACAGUGUCUGACGACUUGUUCUCUUUCAAGCUGCAGCAGCUUUAACUGUCCUCAACUUCUGCACUCUACGCUCAAAAGAAAGACUGUAGUGAAGAAAUACUCGUACAUUUGAUGCUACAAUCGAAUGGUCAGAAAACAAAAGGAUGUCUGCACUUCAAAACCUUAUACAGAAUAUGACUUAAAGAGCUAAUCUUAUCGCACAUAGUCGUCCGCUGCUUUCUUGUUCCUGGUUGCAGGGACCUCGGUUAUAUCAGGUACCUCAUUUUCACUGUCUCUCAGAACUGGAGCACCUCAGAGAUAAUCAUUUUUUUCUAUCCAACAUUUGUUUUCUUGACUUUAAUAAGCUGCUCUUUAGAGAGUUUAGCUUCAUUUUGAAAAAAAAAACUUCUGUGACCUUCUUCAUUUCCAAACUGGAUGGAAACAUUUCUCGCAGACACUCAUGCCAAAGGAAGACUUGGAGUGUUUUCUAUUAUUAUCAUUCUUAUUAGUUGUAGCUGUAUGUCCUCCAGUUCAUGGCUUCUUUCAUAAUCAUACCAGUGUAUGUUGUGUGUGUUGUGUGUGUGUCCAACAAGCCUUUAGCAGUCACCUGCCAUUCCCUCAUUUGGUUUCCCAGUAUUGACGUUUGUCCUCCUCUCCUUCUUUAACCACGAGGCAUCCCAUGUGUCUCUCCUCCCCACAUGUCCAGGCCACCUGGCCUUCAACAUGAGAGGACCCUCUCAUAUAACCAUUUGUAACCUUUGUCAGUCCCACUAAGAACGUACUGUAAACAUCAUCAAGUCCUCAAGUCAAUGCAACUCUUUUUGAACCAUAUAUCAUGGCGGGUCUCACGACUGGUUGCCACUCUCCUGUCACUGAACCCCCUGACAGUCGUCUGCGGCUGUUCCACCCUGCCUGCACCCUCGUCUUCGCCUCCCUCUGCCCAUUAUUGUGACCCUUCCUAGAUACUUGUAUGCAUUUGUUUUCACUACCUCUACUGUCUGUAUAGUCUCUCUCUUUUUCCAAUCGCUCGGUCAUUUAUACAUGCUCUCUCUGGCCUCUGGUAACUUAGGUUACUCUUCCCACCAGCGUUUUUAAAUCCUCUCUAUUCUCACUGUAGAUCACUAGAUCAUCAGCUAAGAUCAUUAUCCAUGAAGACUCCUCCUCCCCCUGUUGACUAGGCAGACUUGCUCAACAAUGUUACCAACCAAAACACAGUUGACUGUAGUUUUUUUUAACCAAUCAUAAAGGUUUAUAUCUUCACCUGCCCUUUUCAACCAUCCAGUGGAUGUUCAGCUAAUUUAUUGUUGAGUAGCUAAUGAGCUAACCAGCUACACGUUGGCUCUUGAGCAGUGAUUCAGUGACAUAAUAUCCUCAGGAAAUGCUUGAGCAACAACAGCAACUGUAAAUCUGAAAGCAGCCAAAGUCUGGUGUCUGACACUGAGAACUUCCUGGACCUUGUGAGGUGGCUGGAAAAAGGAUGGAGAAAUGAUAUGGACAAAAACAAGCAUAAAGAGAAUUGAGAAACUUUCAGAUAUUAGUGUAAUGAUAUACAAGUUUUACUCAACUUAAUACACACAUCUUUCAGGUAACUGGCAGUCUUGUUCACAUUUUUAUCAUCACUCAGGCAUCAUUUUAAUGACUAUUAUUGAUGUUAACUUCGGUACUUGGGAAUUACAGAAUAUACUUCAAAGGGAACAUUAAAAACCGACUAUCUGUCACUGAGAAAUGGGCAGAUAUGUUCCUCAUUCUGCUUUGGUUUUUUUUUUAAAUGUUGAUUUAGGGCUGAAAUAAACUACUUCUAAAAAAUCUCUUCUGCGGUAGUUACGCAAAUAACCAAACCAAAAGACACAGUCAAAAUGUUCGCUAACAACUUCACACACUAGAAAACACAGUUCUCUCAUGAACCAAAUGUAAAAUGAAUUAAGAAUGUGCUCCGACUCGUUCUAAUAAGAUUAAUUACUUCAAAAAAAAAAAACAAAGCAUGUAUCAAUUGUAUUGUGUCUAAUAUAUAUAUAUAAAAAAUUGGAAUAGAUAUAAGAUAAGAUGAUGUUGAGAUUUCUUUCCUGCACCAACUGCCACUUUCAUUGUGAAGACGUUAAUGUGACUUAAUGUUAAUUGGAAAUAUUGUUGUGUAUGUAAACGUGCUCUGGCUGAAGUGGGGCGCAGCGUCUGGCACAAAAUCUUUGAUUUUCAUGUGAACAUUCAUCUUGUGUGUAUCAUGUGUGACAAUAAGUUUCUACGGAUUAGGUGCUUUGGAAUAUUUCAGGUAACUUUCACGGUGUUGUUAUUUAUGGUGGGUGGUUAUUGUUGUUUAAGUUGAUGGCAUGUUUUGUAAAUGUCAACAUAGGCGUGAUGAUUGUACGUCAACAUUUGUUGGUUGAAGUCAGGGGUGUACUAAGGUACAGUAAUGCACUUUAGGUUUGUCUUAAUGGUACAGCCCAUCCAAUAAGGAUUUAAGCGUGAUUUUAAAAAGGCGGGUGGAUAGCUGUAACUCACGGGUGACGAGAGUAGGGACACCCCUGUUCGCAUGGACUCUUAGCAUGCUGGCUAAAUAGCCAACUCUCGGGUGAAUCUUUCAAUCUUUGUACAGGUCUUAAUGUUGAUCCAUCGACUUUUUACAUGUCUCGAGGAAGAUGGAAAUAAAAACAACAGCAGAAUGUCCAGAGAGAAAGUUUAAGAAAUUGAUCAGAGAUGUCCUGUAUCAGGGUUUUUGAUGCCAUUGUUAUUUUUUGCUAA